AGAGAGAAACAGGGAACCCAAAUAUCUUUCCGGCAUUUCUAUUUCCGGUUUAUUAUCUGAUCUACUUCCGGUUUUCUUGAGUGAGCACUCGGACUCCAUCAAGGCAUAGUCAAUAGAGGGGUAUCGAGUUCUCAAUUCACUAGUCAUGGUAUCAGAGAAGGUUCUUGUAGUUGUCGCUGAUGUGGUAGGAUGGGGGUAUUUCGUAGCAUGGACGAUAUCGUUUCUACCGCAAAUCUAUGAAAACUUUCGGCGAAGGAGCGCAGUUGGGCUUUCAUUCGACAUGGUAGCCUAUUUCAUGCUCAGCUAUAUAACAUAUGGUAUCUACAACAGUGUGGUGUACUUCGAUGUCGACAUUCAAGAACAAAUAAUAGGCCAAACCAAACAAUCAAAUCCCGUUAAACUUUGUGAUUUUAUUUUCGCGGCGUUUGCGUUUUUAUGCCAAACAAUCCAAUGUAUACAAUGUAUCGUAUUCGAACGGGGGUCGCAAAAAGUUCACAUCUCGACGACUCUGGUUUGCAUUCUUGCUCUGUUCGCCUUGGUCGUUUUGUCCAUCGUGGCUUACUUUAAGCUUGUUACUUGGCUUUUAGUACUGAAUUAUUGUGGCUAUGUCAAAAUGGUUGUUUCAUUUGGAACUUAUCUCCCKCAAAUAUGGCUCAACUACAAKCGAAAGUGCACAGAGGGCUACCACAUUGGAGGGGUGCURUUGGACUUUACCGGUGGUGUACUAAGUCUUUUACAGAUGGAUAUAUACWGCUUCAUUGAGCAUAGUAACAAACAGUUCACUGGUAAUAUACCUAAAAUGGCCCUGGCUAUUGUUACCCUGGUAUUCAAUAUCAUUCUGAUAACACAACAUUAUGUGCUAUACAUGGGCAAUAGGAUUCCUGAAGUACGUCAUAAGCAGUCUGAUGCUGAGAAGUGUCCUCUAGUAGACAGUAGUGAACACAAAAACAAUUACAGUUCUGUUAAUGCAGAAGAGAGGGAUUUUASUAAUGUUGAGGUACCACCUCAACAAGUUGCCAAUGUUUAAAGCAUAAAAAUGGCAAYAGCAAUAAUUGCAAUGUAAUAUUCUAAUUUGUGUUGUGGAUCUUCAAGAUGUCAUCGCAGGGAGGAUGGGGGAUAGGUUGGGAAUAAUGUUGUAUAAGGGGAUGAUUUAUAUAUAAUAAUAAUCCAUCCUACAUGUGUACAAAAUCAAUAAUUAUUUUUUCUGAAAAAAGUUUAAUACCAAAAGUACUAUUUAAUAAACAAACUUAAU